CGUCACAAAAUUUAAAAUACAUUUUCUUACACAUUUUCCAAAUUUGAAUCUUUCUGGUUGUCCACUCUCUCAUUUCAGACCAUCAGUUCUUCCUCAAAAUCUUCAAGCUUUCACACAACCCAAAAAAAACGGAAUAAUAAUAAAGAAAGCUUCGAGGGAAUUGUUGUUCCAUUUUUUUCCCUUCUUCCCCCUAUUUCAUCAUCCAGCUUUAUCCCUUCUUUUUCUCAGGAAUUUUUGUAGCUUUUUAUAGAAGAAGAUGAAGAUAAUGUAGAAAAGAUCUGGGAAUUCUUGUUGGGUAUUUUUCCUUCCAUCUUUGCUUCUUCUUUUAAUCAUUGACCCGGGAUAUUUGUAUAUAUAUUUGCUUUUAAUUUAUUGUUUUUCUUCUUUGUAUGAGAGUUUUUGUCCUCAAUCUGUAGAAGGAUUCCAGCUUUUUUUUUAUUUUAUUUAUGUUUUUCUCUUUUAAUUAAGAAUUCUUAUAAGAAAAUUCAAGAAUCUUUUUAGCUGUUUAAUUCCAGAGUAAUGUACCUUGUCUAAAUCCCAGAUUGGUAAAUAUCGACUUCCUAGGAAAUACCUUUCCUUGUUUUUUUCCCCAUUUUUUCCAUUAUUUGAAGGCCGAAGCUCAUCAGCUUUCUGAAUGUCGACCAUUUAAGAGUUAAGCAAUUUUGGAUUGAAAAUCUGGCAUUGAGUGUCCCUUUUCGAUAUAUUAUCUGAUUAUUUAGGCAAAAUUAAAUAUUGACCCCUUGAUCAGUUUAUCCAUCCUCAUUUUAUAGAAUUAUAGUUCAAAUAUAAGAUGCAUGGAACUCAAAGCAAAAGGGACUUGGCCUUUGAAUACCAAGCUCAAAUUCCCAUAUUGAGGCCCAGCAUUCAUGCCAGAAGGGCUAAUAUCACAGUUAAGUUUCAAGAUAUUUAUGGGUUUACAGUGGAAGGCAAUGUUGAUGAUGUAAAUGUGUUGAAUGAGGUAAGGGAGAAGGUGAGGCAACAGGGGAGGGUCUGGUGGGCAUUGGAAGCCAGCAAAGGUGCAAAUUGGUAUCUAGAGACUCAUGUUUCCUCAACUCUUAAAUCUUCGCUCAAGUUCACUGCCUUAGUGAAUCAAAUAACUCUCAAGAGGCUUAUUAGGAAAGGAAUUCCACCAAAUCUGCGGCCUAAGGUGUGGUUUGCAAUGUCAGGGGCGGCCAAGAAGAAGUCAACUGUCCCUGAGAGCUAUUACAAUGAUCUCACAACUGCUGUUGUGGAUAAGGUCACACCUGCCACGAAGCAAAUUGACCAUGACCUACCGCGAACUUUCCCUGGUCACCCAUGGCUGGAUACCCCUGAGGGUCAUGCUGCUCUUCGACGUGUUCUUGUUGGAUAUUCCUUCCGAGAUUCUGAUGUUGGUUACUGUCAGGGUUUAAAUUAUGUUGCAGCACUAUUGUUACUUGUGAUGAAGACAGAGGAAGAUGCUUUUUGGAUGCUUGCCGUUCUUUUGGAAAACGUAUUGGUCAGUGAUUGUUAUACUAACAACUUGUCUGGAUGUCAUGUUGAGCAAAGAGUAUUCAAGGAUUUGCUGGCUAAAAAAUGUCCCAGGAUAGCUGCUCAUCUAGAAGAGUUAGAGUUUGAUGUAUCUCUUGUUUGCACUGAGUGGUUUCUGUGCCUCUUCUCCAAGAGCUUGCCUUCAGAGACAACCUUGCGCGUAUGGGAUGUGCUUUUCUAUGAAGGGGCAAAGGUUCUAUUUCAUGCCGCAUUGGCUAUCUUUAAGAUGAAAGAAGAAGAGCUGCUGAUGGCAAAUCAUGUUGGGGAUGUCAUUAACAUCAUACAGAGAACAACUCAUCACCUCUUUGAUCCAGAUGAGCUACUGACGGUUGCUUUUGACAAGAUUGGCUUUAUGACCACCACCACCAUAUCAAAGCAAAGGAAAAAACAGGAACCAGCAGUUAUGGCGGAACUAGAUCAAAGACUAAGACGACUAAAUCCUAAUGGGGAUGAAAAGUAGUAGUUCAGUAAAAUAUCUAAAUGUAGCUCAUACAGUAGUCCUUUCAGGGGCUUGCUGCCCAUUUAGGACUUGAAACUGUGCGUUUGUAUCAUCAACAAAAGGAACAGGGCUAUGGCCAUUUGCUGUGUAGGAGGAAUGUAGAUUGAUGUAAAUUUUGAGCUAUGUUUAAAUGUCGUUGCAGCAUGGCAAUGUGCAUUAGUUGACCUCCAUUCAGUGACUAAAAAGACUGUUGUUUGUGCAAUGAAAAUGGGCUCAAGAUAGCUCCAUUUUGAACUUUCAAA